UUGUAUUUAUUUAUAUAUUGAUAGUUAUAUAUGUGGGUUUACAAAAGAGAGCUAUUAGCAGAGGGAGGUAGCUAGCUAGGGCAUAGCCAAUAAGAGAAAGAUAUGAUAAUUGGCUUAUGCAGAAAAGAUAUCACAGAAGAGGUGAAGAAGCAGCUAUGGCUUGCAGUGCCAAUGAUAUUUGCAAGUGUGUUUCAAUACAGCUUACAAAUGAUAUCUCUCAUGUUUAUAGGCCAUAUGAAUGAUGAGGUGCUUCUAGCUGGUGCUGCUUUGGCAAAUUCAGUUACGAGUGUUUUUGGUUAUAGUGUAUUGGUAGGUUUCUCAUGUGCACUAGAAACAUUUUGUGGUCAAUCAUAUGGAGCACAAAAAUACCAUAUGGUGGGAAUACACUUGCAGAGAGCCAUAUUGAUAAACAUGCUUCUUACUAUACCUCAGUCCAUUAUUUUGGCAAACCUAAGGCCUAUUCUAAUUUUUUUAUAUCAAGACCCAAAUAUAGCUGCAGAAGCUGGAUUCUAUGGAAGAUAUUUGAUCCCAAACGUUUUUGCAAAUGCUAUUUUUAGUUGUAUAGUAAAAUUUCUACAAACUCAGAACAUAGUAGUUCCUAUGUUGCUAGCUUCUGGAAUUACUAGCUUGGUACACUUUCUCAACUGUUGGAUUUGGAUUAUAAAAUUAAGGCAUGGAAUCAAAGGAGCUGCAAUUGCAACUUGCAUUUCAAAUUGGCUUUACACAGUGCUACUAGUACUUUACAUAAAAUUCUCAUCUUCUUGCAGAAGUACUUGGACUGGUUUCUCAAGGGAGUCAUUGCAUAACAUCCCUCAAUUCCUCAGGAUUGCUUUUCCUUCAGCAAUCAUGGUCUGCUUAGAAUCAUGGAUGUAUGAAAUAAUGGUGCUCCUAUCCGGUACUCUUCCUAAUCCAAAAUUGCAAACAUCGGUACUUUCUUUAUGCAUGAGUAUAGCAGCAGUUGUGUGGAUGAUUUCCUUUGGACUAAGUGGAGCUGCAAGCGUUCGUGUUUCAAAUGAACUUGGAGCAGGUAAUGCUAGGGCUGCACGUUUGGCAGUGUGUGUUGUUGUAGUGAUUGUUGUUACCCAAGCAAUCUUAGUCGGAACAGUGAUGAUACUGUUACGCAAUAUUUGGGGGUAUGCUUAUACCAGUAAAGUUGAAGUGGUUAAACAAAUAGCAAUUAUGCUUCCAAUUCUUGCAGCUGGCAACCUCAUUGAUGCACUACAAAGUGUUCUUGCAGGCAUUGCUAGAGGAUCUGGUUGGCAAAAAGCUGGUGCGAUUGUCUAUUUGGGGUCAUGCUAUUUAGUUGGGAUUCCAGCAGCCAUAAUAUUUGCUUUUGUACUGCAUACUGGUGUUAAGGGGCUAUGGUUUGGGAUCAUAUGUGCACUCAUUGCUCAAGCCUUUUCUCUAAUGAUCAUUACAUUACGCACUGAUUGGGAGAAAGAGGCAAACAAGGCUAAAGAUAGAGUUUAUAAAUGUAUAACACCAGAGAGUUUAGUCUCAUGAAGAAUAUAUGACUUUUUACUUUUAUUUCCUUAAUUAAUGUACUUACAUGGGAAUUGGGAUAUCUUUUAAUGUAAUGAUUUUUAUAAAAAUGUAUUUUGGGAAUAGACAUUGCUUGCUCAUUAGCGUUUUCCUUUUUUGUUUGGUUUUUUCUAGAUUACCUUUGAAGAAUGGUGGGUAAUUUACCCACCAAUCAAUGAAAAUGAGCAAUUUGUUGGUGGGGUCAAGAUAGUUCAUGGAUACCACUUAAACAUGUGCUUAUGUGGCUAAUGUGUUUUUGUUUUCUUUCUAACAUGUAGUGUUUUCUCCUAAAAGAAUUAUCAUAACUCUAUGU